AAAAUGUUUGAAGCAAAUAAAUUAAGGUUAUAUAGUGCUAUUAGCGACAGUGCCUCAAUAAGCUCUCAGUAUUUCUGCGUGAACAGUUUUGCCUCCAUCUUUAAUAUCAUAAUGGAGAUGAAGGUCAGAGGAAGAGAAAUUUGUACCCAAGGUUGAGGGAAUAGGCAACCUUACCUUUGAUCGAACAUAACUGCUCAGUUUACCAUCUCGAGUGUGGAUUAAUCACCGUUGGUCUCUAAUCUCUUUCCAGGAGGAGAAGCAGUCCGCAUUAUGAUACAGACUGCAACUUUAACUGUACCAAAAAUGCAUGUAUAAUGAUUUUUUCCUGUAGAUUGUUACUAGUGAUUAAAAUUGCUGGUGUCUCUUCUUUUCAGGAAGCAGAGAUAAAAAAAAAUGUCCCUGAGUACGUGAUAGCGCAUGGUAUUCUUAGUAAACCCGACUUGGAAAAACUUUUACAGGAAACUAAGGUGUUCAUAGGUCUCGGAUUUCCGUAUGAAGGCCCUGCACCCCUGGAGGCAAUAGCACAAGGAUGUAUUUUUUUAAAUGCCAAGUUUGACCCUCCACAUAAUCGCCUCAACACAAGAUUCUUCAAGGUUAAACCAACACUCAGAAACCUUACAUCACAGCAUCCUUACGCCGAAGUCUUCAUCGGGAAGCCGCACGUGUUCACUGUUGAUAUUUCUAAUCUUUCACAUGUGGAAGAGGCUUUAAAGGAGAUCUUAAAAACUGAGGUCAAGCCUUACCUUCCUCGUGAAUGGACGCCUAAAGGCAUGUUGGAACGCGUGAAUGCUUUCACAGAAUAUUAUAACUUUUGUGAGCAUAUCGAGCGGUGGCCUCCAUUAUCAGAAAUGAUGCUAUUGAUGGGUGCAGCUGGGAAAUCCUGUGUUGAUGUCUGCAAAGAACGUGAACUACUGUGUGAACCGACCUUCUUUGUGGACAUUAACACUACAGAAGAUCUUAAAAAGUUUGGAAUGAAGUGUAGCGCUGUGGAGACCAAAGAGUCACUGUUAGCUCCAAGUUACGAUGUGUCAACCCACAUGUGCACGCUACAGAAACAGCCUGUCCUCUUUACAUGCCUGGCUAAAGAACCUUCUGCCAGACGCCUUUGUCCAUGCAGAGACUUUCAAACACAGCAGGUGGCGUUUUGUAAACAGUGCCAUUAGUAACUGUCUCAAAACAGCCUGCUGUAACCUCUAACUUACUCAACAAAUCUGACAUCCUUGAGUUUAUCCCCUUCCCCCCAAACUAAACCGCGGACGUACAAUAUCCCAGAUAUGUGUAACCACGCUAUUAAGGUGAUACUCCCAAGGUAAAUUUUAGCAGAAAACGCUUUGAGUUCUAAUCUUGGAGGGUUGACUGUUACAUCGGUGUAUCUUACACGGGCUUUUUAGGACGUUUUAAGAAAGAGUAUUUUAAAUUUAAAAGGAAUUAAGAAUUUAAUGAAGUCACUGAAUCUAUAUUACACAUGAAUUAUGAAGAUUUCAUGUUAUUGAAGAUAAGCGAAGGAAAUUAAAUUAUUGGAAAAGCACACAGUUUAUUUAUUAGCGUCGUGUUGUCGGGGUCAUGCUGCAAAUAUUUGUCCCAAAAAAUGUCCUUAUUUACUCCGAUUUAUGCGUUGUUUGGAUGACAAAACGCUCGUUGCCUUCUUUUCGUGAAUUCCAGAGUCCUUUCUUAGUUAUAUGUCAAUUUUGUAGCCUCUCUAAUUUAUGACAUCUAUCCGUGUUUUCAUUCGCUUCUCGUCUAUUGUUUCAUUCAAUAUUUGUUUUACCACUAUAUUUGUUAGCUACUGCUCAUUCUUUAAUUCGCUUCUUAUGUGCUGUAGUAUUUUUUAGAAACAAAUUUAUUGUAUUUAUUUGUCAAAUUCAAAAAUUUUGAGCAGUUGUUAACUAGAUGAUUGUAGUUAUUACCAAAAAUUUUAUAAGGGCAUAGUCCCAAUAGAAUAUUUGGGACGUAGAUUCAUCGAUUGACACUAGCUAUAUAAAUUUCUAUAAUAGUUAAGUUUAAUUUUUUUCUUAAAUUUCUAGUAAUCAUUAAAAUAAUUUUGUAUGUCA